CGGACAGAUUGGGAAAAAAAUCCAUCGGUUUGACUUAAAUUGGGAAUUUUAUUUUAGAUGCAAAAUAUUUAUUGGGAAUUUCUUUUAUCCAGGGAGGUGAUGAAAAUUUUGCAUAAUUAUACACUUUAAAAUCAUGUAUUAUUAACUUUAAAGAUUAUUUUUUGCUGCUUGAGGUUGAAAAAAAAUGAUAAUCAUAACAAUUGGACAUAAAUAAUGUUUAGUAGGUGUGAAACAUAAAGGGGAGCGGUGGCCUAGUUGUUAAGGUGUCUGCCUCUCAACCCAGAGAUCAUGGGUUCGAGCCCUACACGGGUCACGACCAUGUUUCUUCAUAUGACACCAGUACUGGUUGGUUCCAGGAAGCGGACUCGAAAGUGAUUGAUAUAAGUUGCAAGAACUUGUUUCGCAAUCGAGCUAAAAUAAAUAUGUUUAAAACCUUAAACAUAAAGUACGAAAUGAACUGGGUACGAAUAUCACUCAUGUGGUUUUACUUGGUUUUUAUCGUAUAUCACUUAUCAAUACGGAAGGCUCCGAGGCAUGCAUUACUGUUGUUAGAGGUAAUUUUCAGUGUUAAAUUUGGAAUUUAUCAGUCAUGAAUUGGAAAAUUUGCUGUCUAUUUUCUAUUGGGAACGGUGUCGUUUUCCGGUAUCAGUUAUAUAAGGAAAAAUACUGGGUUGUUGUUAAGAUUUUAGUCAUUGACUAGAUUUCUACCAGAAUUUUUUUGUUUUUAUUCUUCUUGUGCAAGUUGUGGUUAUAGAGUGUGAUGAACAUAUUGACUCUUACUUUGUAAAACGCUUAGAUACAAAGACAGUUGCUAAAAAUAUCAAGAUCUCAAGUUUGUUUUGCCCCUGUCUUGCAUAUCUGUAAUGGAAGAACAGUUAUUAUGGAUAAAUACAGGUACUUCAAUAAAAUGUAAUUUUGUGUACUGUCAGAUCUACAUGUUACGCUACAAGUUUCUUCUCAUAAUUGCAUUUUUAACAACUAGUAUGGCUAAUGAGUACAAAAUUUUGGAGGUGUUACACUACAAGGCAGAAGAGAAUAUCUGUCCUUGCAAGCAGUCUUGAAGACCUUCUGAAUAAAGCUGGUGACAAGCAACAGUUGCAAGGAGUAAGUUUGAUUGUUGUGCUGGAAAAAGAUGUGACAGAAAUGGAAGAAACGCCAUCCUUGACAUAUUCAAAACUAAGUAUUGAUGCUUCUAGAAGACCAACAAUUAUGAGAAUCAGAUGUUCCAAAAGACACUGUUGUAAUGUUUGGGCAGACACCAAGAUGCCAACAUGUCAAAGACUGAGACACACAACUGAGUCCACAACUGUUACCACAGCGUACAGAAAUUGUAACACCAUUUUAUUGUUUGGAUGUAUAAUCAUAAAUGCGACGUUUAAACUAACAUGA